AUGGAUCACUCGGAGCGAUGGCAAAGCAUUGCACCAGCCUCAGAUGAGCCGGGGCAGCGACGCCCAACCUCAGACCGGCGGAAGAAGCGACAGGCUGUUGCCGUGGCGUGCGUGCAGUGCCGAAAUGGGAAGGCCAAGUGUGACGGCACAAGGCCCCGAUGCAACCGAUGCAAGGAGAACGACCUAUCAUGUCAAUACGACGUCGCCGAAGGUGUCUCGCGAGCCGAGCGCAUGAAGAUUAUGAAAAGAGACAGCAUGACUGGCGAGCUGGAUGAUCUGAAGCGCAUAGUCACAUCGCUACGCUCCGGGACCGACGACCAGGCCGCCGCUGUUCUCGCUCGACUAAGGCUUGGUGAAGCUCCCGAAGAGGUCGCGAAGACCCUCCCAAUGACAAUAUCCCCGGCGAUAUCCGGCCAUCCCCCCAGCUUACUGGGUCAGGAGUCUACCGACACUUCUGGAAGCGGUAUGAGCCACGAAUCCGCAUUCGACACGAGUAAAAGCGGCUCGCAGUUUCGAAAAGGCUCUAACAUCUCCAUGGCAUCGCCAACAAGUCAGAACAGAGGCUGGUCGCCUUCCGCAAACAAUCCUUCAUCAUCAUUUGCGUCGGGUAAGGGAAAACAGCAAGCAACGACAGAUGGAUCAAACGAUCAUCCUUUCCUAGUCCCGCUGUUUGAUCGAGAGGACUAUCUCCUAACAAGGGACGAGGGGGAAGAGAGUGAAGAGGAAGAUAGGCUUCAGGAAAGCCAGAUUGACCCAAGACUUCUGCAGCAAGGAACGAACUUCGAUGGAGUCGGGAACGCGGCACCCUCAUCGAAACCAUCUCGAAGCCAACGGCCCUCACCACACAGACAAAACACGAUACGCUCAGCAUACCCUACGCAUCUGACUGGCCGACAACCGAUCGUAAACACCAUCAGGAUACACCCAAAUCUCAACCUCCGCAACCUCUUCGGCAACAUGCCAUUCUCCAGUAGCAUCCGGAGCAACCACUAUCCAGGCGACAUUCAAGAGACGCAAAUCACAAACCUGUUUCUACCCACAUGGUCCAUGUUACCCAUCAACACAGUACCUGACCCCGGGUCAUUAAAACGCGCAUUCCCAGGUAUCUACGAACAAGCCACAACACUCAUGAACAUGGGCGUACCCGCCGAUCAAAUCAUCGAGAUCCAUCCGAAUCUUGCCGCGCUAUGGGACGAAGACGUAUACAACAACUCCGGCAUACUCACCAAAUGGGCAGUCGGCAUGGUGCACGGCGUAUACAUGAAGGGUAACACCUUCUCCUGCUUCGGCUCCAUGUACCUCUUCUGGUACCUAAUGCGCUGGAUGAUCUCGCCCAGCCCAGAAACUUACAACGCAAUCCCCGAAUGGUUCCGCCCCACGCCCAACCAACUCUUCAUGCCGCACAUCAACAUCGUCGACUUCAUCGUCUGGCCCGCUUUCCGCGAGCUCGUUACCCAGAUCCCUGCUAUGCAGGAGCGCAUGGAGUGGCUCAUGGAUAUGAGUUUGAAUAUCCAGUGCGAUUGGUCAUUUGCGACGGACCAGGCGCUGUGUAGUAAUGAAGAGACGGGCCAGGUGGAUCUGUGCGAUGCCGCGAGGGAUGUGGUCAGGGAGUUGGCGAGUUGGUCUCUGGGACCGAGUUUCAGGGGGUAUGUUAGUAAUGCGGAUAGUUAUGUGAGGAUUAGGACGGAGGGGUAUUGA